GUACCCAAACACUAUCUUACAUCUUAUAACAACCUUACAUGCUAUAACUACAUUGAAAUCAUGGAAGCCUUGUAAGAGAAAAACAAAAAUAUUAAAGCAUCAGCAACAGUAGUCAUAAAAAAAGCUGAAAAGAAGCAAACAAGAUCCACCUCGAACCUCUCUCCACUCCAUCAUCCCCUCCUCCUCCUCCUCCUCCCCACAACUCCCAUCACCACCAUCAGUCACCACCAUCUUUCUCUCUUUUGUCAAAACAAUUUUUCUGGGGAGAAAUAUAGGUGCUCAUAUCUUAAAAAUCCAAUCUCUUUGUACUAUAACAAAUAAAAACCCCAUCUUUGUAUGGUUUCUUACUCCGUUCCUUUCAUAGAGAAGUCCUCCCACAUCCUUGUGUUCUUUCUUCUUCUUUUUUUCUUUCCUUGUUGUUCUUGUUAGUGUUACAUUUAGUGCCCCAUAUCUAGCUAUCCAUAAGAAAGUUCCAAUCUUUGGAAAAAAAGUCAAAUCUUUUUGUACUGUUUUUUAGGCCAGAAGAAUAAGGGAGAUAAUAGUGAAUUGGGUUUUUUGAGAAAAUGAGAGAGGAUGAUUCAAAUUGGUUUUCAAGAUGGGAAGAAGAGCUUCCUUCACUUGAAGAACUGAUGCCUUUAUCACAAACCCUAAUCACUCCUGAUCUUGCUCUUGCUUUUGAUAUUACAAACCCCAGUAAUACCACCACCACCACCACUACUAAUAACCAUAACUCUUCUCUCCAUCAAAAUCAGCCUUUACCACCUCCCCCACCACCACCGGCUGCGGUUUCUCCAACCCCAACUAAUCCAUUGGCCUCACCACAGCCUAAUUCAGGGGACUUUGCUGCGGAUUCUAGUGAAUUAGGCUCAGGUGCAGCAGGAGAUGAGCCAAGAACCCUUAAAAGGCCAAGGCUUGUUUGGACUCCGCAGCUUCAUAAGAGGUUUGUGGAUGCUGUGGCACAUUUAGGGAUCAAGAAUGCCGUCCCUAAGACAAUAAUGCAGUUAAUGAAUGUAGAUGGGUUGACUAGAGAGAAUGUUGCAAGUCAUUUGCAAAAAUAUAGGCUUUAUUUGAAAAGAAUGCAGGGUUUGUCCUCUGGUGGUGGUGGUAAUGGUACUGGUGGUGGAGGUGGACUCACUGGUGGCACUGAUGCUGCUACGGAUCAUUUGUUUGCAAGUUCUCCCGUGCCAGCGCAUUUUCUGCAUCCAGGGAGGCCUAAUUCGGAUCAUUUCUUGCCGUUUGUGCCUGUAGCUGCAUUGCAAAACCAUCAUCACCAACACCAGAUGGCUGCAAUGGGACAACCCCAAUUGCCAAGUCAGUAUCAUAGGCAGAUGGGGCACUUUGGGUCGCCGACAAAUGGUCAGUUUGAGCAUCCAUUUUUGCCUAGGCAAACACAGCAGCCUGUGCAUAGGAUGGGGGCACCAGUGCCCAAUACAGUUCCUGGUUAUGUGGAAGAUUUGGAGUCAGUGAAUGGGAAUGGAGGAAGGAAAGUUCUCACUUUAUUUCCAACAGGGGAUGAUUGAAUUUGGAUCCCAAAAACUCCUUCUUGGCUUCUAAUAUUGGUGUCUCCUGGGAGUAACUGGUAGUGGUGGAUAGUAUCGUUUAUGGUGUCCUUCAACUUCUACAUGUGUAAGUAAGAUAUUGGUAGCAUUCUGUAUGUCCUCUCAGCACCUGGUGACAGAUCGAGAUGUCAUUCCUGGUGGCAAAUAAUGUAAGCUUAAUCCAUGUCAACAAUUGUUACAGUCUUGAGAUAUUGUGUCAAUCUGGUUUUCAGAGAGGGUUUGCUUUAUCCCAAGGUUGUAUGGGAAUCGGCUCAGUGUCGUUAUAUUUACAGUCUUCUUGUCAGUGAAGCUUUAGUGUCAUUGUUCAUCAUGGGCAGCUGGAGGAUUUGUGCUUGCUGAUGAGGAUAAAUAAUGGUGGCAAGUGCAUUUUAUGUUCUUCAGAAAUCUAAGCUUGGGAUCGGUAUCCUUGGUUGGCACAUUGGUAACUCAGUUUCUCAGUGAGGUCCAAAAUUCUCUUUACUUUUAGAGCCUUCUGCCUUUUUUCUGUUUAUUACUCCUGUGUUGUGUAGAGGUGAGCGGUACUUGUUGUACAUUGUGUGACUUCAUAGAAGACUUAAGACCCUAAAGGGUUCUCUUAAAAUCUAAUGUUUUUAGAAUGUUUAAUUUAAUUAAAUGUCCCAGUUGAAGUA